GAUUUUAUGACUUUGUGAAAUUGCAUGACUUGCACAAUCAUAGACUUAGAAUUGUUGAUAAAGUAAUUGCUUUUUAGGUGUUUGAAUCCUUAUACCUAAAUUAGCAUAGAUCUUCGAUCUCAUGCCGAGAUGAUUCGAAGGCAAGCUCUUUUCCCUGGUGAUUCCGAGUUUCAGCAACUACUUCAUAUUUUCAGAUUGCUAGGAACACCAACUGAGCAGCAAUGGCCGGGUGUAAUGGCAUUGCGUGACUGGCAUGUCUAUCCAAAAUGGGAGCCGCAAGACUUAUCACGUGCGGUUCCAUCUCUAUCUCCUGAAGGAAUUGAUCUUCUCACGCAAAUGCUGAGGUACAAUCCAGCUGAAAGAAUUUCAGCAAAAGCAGCUCUUGAUCAUCCCUACUUUGCCAGCCUUGACAAAUCUCAGUUCUGACCUCUGGCAAAUUACUGAUCAGACUUCUCUUUGGAGUUUUGAAGCUGAUGGCUCAAAUUUAUUGUCAUCAUCAUCAUCUUGGUGUCUUAUGAUGUGUGCUUUAGAAAGAUUUGUACUUAUACAAAACAAACUGAAAAGCUUGUU